GGUGCAAAAUCUCUUAGUGAAGCUUUGAAAAAUAUGAAUUGUAAACUUACUGAAUUGUCUCUUGAUAGUAACAAGAUAGGUGAUGCAGGUGCAAAAUCUCUUAGUGAAGCUUUGAAAAGUGAGAAUUGUAUCCUUACUGAAUUGGAUCUUUCUUCUAAUAAGAUAGGUGACGAAGGUGCAAAAUCUCUUAGUGAAGCUUUGAAAAGUGAGAAUUGUAAACUUACUGAAUUGUCUCUUGAUAGUAACAAGAUAGUUGAUGCAGGUGCAAAAUCUCUUAGUGAAGCUUUGAAAAGUGAGAAUUGUAUCCUUACUGAAUUGGAUCUUUCUUCUAAUAAGAUAGGUGACGAAGGUGCAAAAUCUCUUAGUGAAGCUUUGAAAAGUGAGAAUUGUAAACUUACUAAAUUGGAUCUUUCUUAUAACAAAGUAGGUGAUAAAGGUGCAAAAUAUCUUAGUGAAGCUUUGAAAAGUGAGAAUUGUAAACUUAGUGAAUUGUCUCUUAAUUAUAACAAAAUAGGUGACGAAGGUGCAAAAUCUCUUAGUAAAGCUUUGAAAAUUAAGAAUUGUAAACUUACUAAAUUUUCUCUUUAUCAUAACAAGAUAGGUGAUGGAGGUGCAAAAUCUCUUAGUGAAGCUUUGAAAAGUAAGAAUUGUAAACUCACUGAACUGUCUCUUGAUAGUAACAAAAUAGGUGAUGAAGGUGCAAAAUCUCUUAGUGAAGCUUUGAAAAGUGAGAGUUGUAAACUUACGGAAUUGUCUCUUGAUGGGAACAGCAUAGGUGAUGGAGGUGCAAAAUCUCUUAGUGAAGAUUUAAAAAGUGAGAAUUGUAAACUUACUGAAUUGUCUCUUGAUAGUAACAAAAUAGGUGAUGGAGGUGCAAAAUCUCUUAGUGAAGCUUUGAAAAGUGAGAGUUGUAAAAUUACGGAAUUGUCUCUUAAUAGCAACAAGAUAGGGGAUGGAGGUGCAAAAUCUCUUAGUAAAGCUUUGAAAAGUGAGAAUUGUAAGCUUACUGAAUUGUGA